AUGGAUGCACCCCAAAGUUUCAUUGGAUCGAUUGACCAGGGCACGACAAGUACCAGGUUUUUGAUAUUCGACCGGAAUGGGAGCUGUCUGGCAUCUCACCAGGUGGAGUUCGAACAGAUCUUUCCUCAUCCGGGAUGGCAUGAGCACGAUCCACUGGAGAUCCUAGCAUCCGUCCAAACCUGUAUCGAUGGGGCUGUCCGGAAGUUCGAAGCCCAGGGCUAUCACCGGUCUUGCAUCAAAGCCGUCGGAAUUACCAACCAGAGAGAAACCACCGUUGUUUGGGACACUGUGACUGGACAGCCACUGAGGAACGCCAUCGUGUGGACCGACACCAGGUCCCAGGAUAUCGUCGAUAAACUGAAGAAGAAACCUGGUGCCUCAAAGCUGCAGCGGCUCUGCGGGCUUCCACUAUCAACCUACUCUUCCUGCUCGAAGCUGCUUUGGAUGCUCGAAAACAAUCCCGCUAUCAAAGACGUGUACGAACGGGGAAUGUUGGCAUUUGGAACCAUUGAUACCUGGCUUGUGUACUGUCUCAACGGCGGAAGCAAAGCGAAUGUGCACGUGUCAGACCCUACCAACGCCUCCCGCACCAUGUUCAUGAAUUUGGAGACUCUACAAUACGAUGAUUAUCUCCUUGAUUUCUUCGGCAUCAGAGGGGUGCAUUUGCCCAAAAUUGUCCCAUCCUCUGACGCAAAUGCAUAUGGAUGUCUCUCGGACGGUGCUCUGGCGGGCGUUCCCAUCACAGGCUGUCUCGGAGAUCAGUCCGCAGCUCUCGUCGGCCAAAAGGGCUUCUCCCCCGGCAUGGCGAAGAAUACCUACGGCACGGGAUGUUUCCUGCUAUACAACGUGGGCGAGAAACCGGUGUUUUCCAACCAUGGACUCCUCGCCACUGUGGCAUACCACUUCGACGGAAAGCCCAUCUACGCCCUAGAAGGCAGCAUUGCCGUCGGGGGAUCGGGCGUCAAAUUCCUCCAGCACAACCUCGAAUUCUUCAAAGAGCCCCAGCAAGUGAACGACCUGGCCCUGACCGUUAAGGACAACGGCGGAUGCGUCUUCGUCACCGCAUUCAGCGGUCUGUUCGCUCCCUACUGGAUCGACGAUGCCAAAGGAACCAUAUUCGGAAUAACCCAAUACACCAAAAAAGGCCACCUGGCACGGGCCAUCCUCGAAGCCACCUGUUUCCAAACCAAAGCCAUCCUCGACGCGAUGGAAAAAGACAGCGGCCACGCACUAUCGGAACUAGCCGUGGACGGAGGCAUGAGCAACUCCGAUCUCGCCAUGCAGGUCCAAGCCAACCUAAUCUCCAUCCCCGUCUACCGCCCCGAAAUGCGCGAAACGACCGCCCUCGGCGCAGCCAUCGCGGCCGGUCUCGCCAUCGGAAUAUGGCACAACUUCACCGAGUUACGAGAUAUCAACCGCUCGGGAGGAUCCGUGUUCGAGCCGAAGAUCAGUCGCGAGGAAAGUGCUAGGUCGUUUGCGUUGUGGGAGAAGGCGGUGCGGAUGAGUCGGGGGUGGGUGGGGAGUUCUGUUAUUCAAAAUGGGAAGAGUAAUGGGGUUGGUGGUGGGGAGAAGAAGGUUGGGGAGGUUGGGGGCGGGGAGAAUGGUGAUGGGUUGGCGGUGAGUUUGGCUGGUGGUGGUGGGGGGUUUGAGGAUCUGGAUGGUCUGGAUGAGGAGGAUUUGUGGUUGGAGUUGAGACGGGUGGAGGUUUUGCAGCGGUUGAAGAGGGUGAGGAGGGGUGCUGGGUGA